CUUUAUUUCAUUGAUUACUAAUUUACGUAUAAAUAAAUGGAAUUUAAUAAUAAUAAUAUUAAUAAUAAUAAUAUUAAUAAUAAUAAUAUUAAUAAUAUAAAUAAUAAUAUGAAUAAUAUUAUUCAAAGUUUAAAUCUUGUGUUGAUAUCUCAACCACUAAAUCAAAAAGAUAAUAAUAAUAAUAAUAAUAAUAACAAUAAUAAUUAUAAUAAUAGUAAUAAUAAAAAAUACAAAAUUAAUUGUGUUUGUCCAACUUAUACAGUUUAUGGCAGUGUUUUAGUACCACCCCCAGAAGUUGUAGUUAGAGGUUAUAUGGGCAUAUCAAAAGACCUAAUGGUAACAGCCUCCGUUGAUUCAAAUAUUAUUUCAAACUCUAAUGAUGUAAAGGUUGAAGAAAGUGAUGGUCUUAUCAGGUUCCAAUUUGGCAAUAUGUGCUUCAAAAGAGAGAAUGAGGACGAUCUUAGACCAUUUCGUAUAGGAUUCCAUGUUUGUUUGAAAGGACAAUCAGAAACAUACUAUUCUGGAUAUAUUCAGGUAUUCAAACACACAAGUCUUUUGCCUGGUAUGGAUAUUGUCCGUUUAUCUCAUAAUGGCCUCUGUUCCCCACAAGAGGGAAAAAUUACCGCCUAUGGUCACUUCACAAGUAAUGAAGCAUUCAAUGUAGAGUAUAAACCAAGUGAUGGAAUAGAGAAAAAUGAAGCACCAAAUAUUAUUCCAUACAGCUCGCUUGAAAAACCAUCUCCAUCAUCAUUCAAGAUAUCAUUCCUUGCUCCUUCAGAAAUUAAUGAAUUUUUUUACUUUUCAACUCGUUGUCAUAAUGAUAGAUUAAAAGUUGGUAUACCAUAUAACCUUUCAUAUAAAAAUUCUGCUUUAAAACUUCAAAGAUUUCUUGAAAAAAACAAUAAACCUGACAAAGAAUCCUUUAAUUUUUUCACUUGUAUAGUUAGUGAUGAAUUUAAAAAAUUCGAAUCAAAUCUUCAACUAAAACCUCAUUUAAUGGAUUCUCUUCGUGAUUUUCAAGGCAAUUCAUUGGUUAUGACAAAUUGCUAUUCAUAA